ACCCGGCGCAGAAAGAGCGGCCCGAGGGUUAUGGGAUAACACCACACUGCUGUCCGUGUCUCGGGCAGGGGAGGAAGCCCACCGUCUCGCCAGGAGAUCCGAGCCCCGCUUGCCGUGGGAGCCCUGAGGGUGAAUCCCGCCUUGUCCUUCCCCGCCGUAGCGGCCGGGGCCGGCAGGGGGCGCUGCGGCGCCGGGCGGCGGCGGGGGCGGGCGGGGACGGGACGCCAUUGCGUUGCUAUGAGCUGUCGCUCCCCCUGCGGCGGCGGCGGGCGGACCGGGCGCUGAUUUUGCUGCUUGCUUUCCUCCCGCCUGGUUCCUGGAUCCAGCCUCCUGCCUGCCUGCCUGCCUGCCGCGCGGGCCGGGCUGUCCGUCCGGCGGCCUGGUGGCACUAGCGGGGCGGGGAGGAUGAGCACGGCGGGACCGGGCGGCAGCAGCACGAGCAGCAGCUCAUCAGCGCAAGCAGCAGCCGCUGCCGCGGCGGCGGGGCCGGUCACUGAGCGAGUAGCACCGCGGCGGACGCAGGGCAUGGAGCCCCAGCCCGGCGCCUCCCGCCCUGCCGCCGAAGAGGAGGAGGACGGCGGCGGCGGCGGGUCCGGCGGGCAGCCGGAGGCGCUGUCGCUGGAGGAGAUCCUACGGCUCUACAACCAGCCCAUCAACGAGGAGCAGGCGUGGGCCGUAUGUUACCAGUGCUGCGCCUCGCUGCGCGCCCGCGCCCGCCGCGGAGAGACCCCCGCCGGCAGGCCGGGGGCGGCGGCCGCGCACCUCCGCGUCUGGCGGGACGGCGCCGUCACCCUGGAGCAGGACGAGCCCGACCGGCCGCCCCCGCCCGCCGCAGGUAAAUCAAGCCAUUUACACUGCACAGAAAUGGAGGUUAUUGAAUCACUGGGGAUUAUUAUAUAUAAAGCCCUUGACUAUGGUUUGAAGGACAAUGAAGAGCGGGAAUUAAGUCCUCCACUGGAGCAGCUUAUUGACUACAUGACUAAUACUACAGAAACAGAUGGGAGUAGGGAUGAAGGAUAUGAUGCUCUGGAUGAAGGAGUGGAGGAUGACAAUGAGGACGACAAAGAGGAAAUUGAGGCCAUUCAUUCCUAUAAAGAUGUCAUGAAGUUGUGUGCUGCCCACCUGCCAACCCGAUCAGAGGCUCCAAACCACUAUCAAGCAGUAUGUCGGGCUCUGUUUGCUGAAACAAUGGAGCUGUACACUUUCUUGGCCAAAAUUAAAAGUGCAAAAGAGAACCUGAAGAAGAUUCAGGAAAUGGACAAAGAGGGAAGUGAUGAAUCCAGCACAGAUCUUGAUGACUUAAAAAAUGCUGACUGGGCUCGUUUUUGGGUGCAAGUGAUGCGAGAUUUACGGAAUGGUGUUAAACUUAAGAAAGUUCAAGAGCGUCAGUACAACCCACUCCCAAUAGAAUAUCAGCUCACACCCUAUGAGAUGCUGAUGGAUGAUAUUAGAUCCAAACGCUACACCUUAAGGAAGGUCAUGGUCAACGGUGACAUCCCACCUCGAUUAAAAAAGAGUGCCCAUGAAAUAAUCCUGGAUUUCAUCCGAUCGCGACCUCCAUUAAAUCCUGCCUCGGCAAGGAAACUGAAACCAACCCCACCACGGCCACGCAGCCUUCAUGAAAGGAUACUGGAGGAAAUCAAGGCGGAGAGGAAGUUACGUCCAGUCUCACCUGAUGAGAUAAGGCGUAGCAGGCUGGAUGUGCCAACGCCAGAGGCUGGAAGAAAAGUAGUGGAUGCCUCUGUAGUGAACGGUGGCCUGGCACCACAAGGAAAGCAGAAUGGGACCACACAAGUAACAGUACAACGCAAGAGACUCCUUAAAGCUCCCACAUUGGCUGAACUUGACAGCUCAGAUUCAGAGGAGGAAUCAGUGCACAAGUCAGGAAGUAGCAGCAGCAUCUCCCCCUCACAAGUGGAAGACCCCUCUCAAGAAGGCACCAGCAGCAGGAAGAUGCCUCCGAAGUUCUUGCCCAUAUCGUCUACACCACAGCCUGAGAGACGGCAGCCACCUCAGAGACGACACUCCAUUGAAAAGGAAACACCAACCAAUGUGAGACAGUUCCUACCCCCUUCAAAACAGAGCUCCAGGUCACUUGAGGAGUUCUGUUACCCAGUGGAAUGUCUGGCUCUGACAGUGGAGGAGGUCAUGCACAUCCGUCAGGUGCUGGUGAAGGCAGAGCUGGAAAAGUACCAGCAAUAUAAAGAUGUCUACACUGCUCUCAAGAAAGGAAAGCUCUGCUUUUGCUGUCGAACAAGAAGGUUUUCUUUCUUUACCUGGUCUUACACUUGUCAGUUCUGUAAGAGGCCUGUAUGCUCACAGUGUUGCAAAAAAAUGCGGUUGCCAUCAAAGCCAUACUCUACUCUCCCCAUCUUCUCACUGGGACCUUCAACCUUGCAAAGAGGAGAAAGCUUUAUGAGGCCAGAGAAGCCCUCUACCAGUCACCACCAUUCACUGCGGAGCAGGUUGACCUCAAGGUCCAAGUCUGUGGAUAAGUCACAUGAAGAGUUUCCCAAAGAAUUAAUGGAGGACUGGAGCACAAUGGAGGUUUGCGUGGACUGCAAGAAGUUUAUUUCAGAAAUCAUCAAUUCAAGCCGGCGCAGCCUAUCUCUGGCCAACAAGCGAGCCAGAUUAAAAAGGAAAACGCAGUCCUUCUACAUGUCAUCCCCGGGAACCUCCGAGUACUGCCCCUCCGAAAGGACUAUCAAUGAGAUCUGAGCCGUGUGCCUUUUUCUUUGCUUUUGUCUUCAUGAGGUCAUCAUCCAUGGGCAAGGUCACUGAAAACGGAUUAUCAAUUCCCUUGCUUCGUUUCACUCGGCUGGCUUGGAUUUGCAUUAGGUCACAGGAUUUCCUACUCCAGCGGUUCCCGGAGACACAGGACGCUAUGCUUAGAUCUGUGCAGAAUGAUGCAAUGGGUCAGCUGCUCGCACUGGAAGAAAAUCAAUAGUUUGAAAUUGUUGCCUCUUUUGUACGUGUGCGUCGAAACUAGAAAGCCUUUUCUUGCUUUCAAUCUUUUUUUAACCAUGCUUUGAAUCAUUUUUCAGGAGAUGAGAUGAAAACGUGUGUUUGGUGGGGAACCAAACCUAACCAAGUGUCAGUGUUAGCACAGUAGCAAACAGUAAGUCAUACGGGCGCUACCACCCUCGUUGUGCUCACGUCCUAGUUGAAACAGCAGAGGGUUGUAUCGCACACCAGACCCCGAGUGUGAGCGGCUCUGGGUAAAACCAUCUUCCUUGGAACCGUUUCAGUUGCUCUGAGAUCAGGGUUCAGCACAGGGCUCUACAGUGUCUGUGUCCUGGGGCAAAGCAGGCGACAAAGCUCUUCACUCGUGUGGUUGGCCAUACCCCCGAGCUGCUGUAACUUUUUAAGCCUUAGUGUACUUCUAAGUGUCUCCUGAGCAGGUUUUAGUAGUUUACUUUCUAUCUUGAAUGUAUGAUAAUGACUACUAGUAGCAGUGAAUUUUAGUAGUAGAGAGAGUUGUACAGUUUAUGAGGAGGACAGGAAAUAAGGGAGGCUUCUAAUUUUAACUGAAUACCUGUAAAGUUGUUCUUGUGGUUACUCAGAGAAAACAGUGAGUAAGGUGUAAAUUUGUAUUAUAAUGGAGCACACAGAUACUGCUAUAGUUCUGUCUGACAGCAUAUCCACUAGUAACCCCAUUUUUUCUGGGGUUUAUAACUUGGCUGUAAAAAUUCAUGUUCUGCUGAAAUUUGGGACAGUGCUGUCUCAGAUUGGGAGCGACCUCUUUUUUCCUUUAAUCUUUUCUUUUUCAUUCUUUUCCCCUUUCUAAUUCACUCACAAAACCGUGCUAGACUAGUUGUUUAGAAGUUCCAACGAUGUUACAUCAACUGACAUCUUGUGCUUUUUUGUACUUUUUUUUAUAUUCAAAUUACUUUUUUUUUUUUUUUAAUUCAUGCAUAGCCAGGGUUUAGUCAAUAAUUUGGGGCCAGAGCUUUUUGGUAUUUAAAACAAGCUAACAUAGCCAAGUUAUUGAUACUUGAAAAUCAACUACUGUAACUUUUUCAUAAAUUUUUAAUACCCUGGGGCAUAUUUAAUAUCUAUAUAGCAGUGUAUUAUAGAAUGACAUAGCAGCAAAGUGUCAGAUCUAUUUAUUAACAUUUCUAUACUUCAGAUUAAUGAGAGAUACCUCAGAACUGCUCCAAAGUAGCUGGGACUAUAUUUCUAUAACAUGAUUUUAAAAAUAUAUUGAUCAAAACAGAUUCCCCUGUCCACAAAGCCCAAGAGGCAGACUGCCCCUCCAGCCCUGGCAAGGCACAGUGCUGAGGUUGGGAGGCACCAAGGCUGGUCGGCUCCAGUGUGGUAGCUGGGCUGCUGCCUCACUGCGGGAGCCUCCUGCUGCCCAGGGGAGCGAGGCUUCCCCUUCGGAGUCUCUGUGCAUGUCACACUGCAGCCUUAGGGGCAGCCGGCCAUGUCAUCUCUUCUAAGCUGAUUUGAAAAGCACAUGCUCUGUAAACCUUCCCAGGGACUCUUCCAUCCCUAUUUUUCGUUAAACACCCUCUUGGAAAAUGAGAAUUUUUGCAUAUGCAGGGCUUAUUGGAAUAGUUUCUAAUUUUUUCUGAACCAAUGCAAACAGGAAAAGCAGGGCUCAGUGCUAACUCUCCCUCAUAGCUGUCCCAUGUAAAGUCAGGUGUCAUGGCCCUCUCCUCGGGAUACCUCUGGAAAAAUGUCUCGCAUGUUAAAGCACCUAAAGUACUGGCAUGAGAUAAGUAUGUAGGAUUGCAGAAAGUGAGCAGCAGAGACGGGCUGAUGGGAAAGGUUCUGCUGUUGCUUGAAGGGUCUCCUGUCUUCAGUCACAUCAGCACUUUUUCUUGUUUCUGUGCCAAAACCAGGCAGUGUGUUGGCUGCACAGUGCAUCAGGGAAACUAGACUGAAAGAAAUGCAGGAAAUCUCACUUUGCAUCUAUGCUGUUGUUGUUGUCAUAAUUUUCUCAUGGAAAUCCUCUAGCCACCGUCACUCAGACCUCUGCUCACAGUCCUGUUCUCUGCUGUCCUCAAGCCACUGAGGUGCAGAGUAUCCAGCAUGUUUAUCUUCCUCUUUGAGAGGAAUUUAGGAUGUUGUAGAGCAGGCAAGAUGAAGGACUAAGUAAAUCCUGAUUGUGCAAAGGGAAAUGAGUCCUUCAUGCCUGUGCCCCCCUCCACCUUGGCAGUGUUCAGGGGUGGCUCUGGGGCAGCAGCAGAGCCUUGCAAUUGUGCCUUUCCGGGCUGCCCAGCAGUCCUUGGCUCAGGCUGGGCUCAGCUAUGCUGGGCAGGGCACAGACACUGAACAACAACGCAGUGGUUGUACAAACUGCUCCCUGUUGCUCACACAGCGCUGCCAUGCCUGGAUAACCUCCCUUUUUCCCUGGAAAAAACCCUCCAGGCUGCUGACAGACUCUGUGGCAGACUCCAGAAAACACGUUGUGGAGGGCUGCCUCUCCCCUUGCCUCCCAUCCCUUCCUCCCUGGCACAAUUGCCCGCAUUAUCCCGGCAUUUCAUUCCGCAAAAGGAAAAGCGGCGGGUUGGUUUGUCACACAGAGCCUGAAGGAGCUCAGCUCCCUGGUUGCCUGGCUCUGCGGAGUGGGCUAUUUUUAGCUUUCCAUCUCGCUGCUUGCGCGAGCAUCCCAAAUCUACUGCAGCCAUUUGCCUGCACACCCCGCGGUGCUGCCCAGCAUGUCCUACUUACGGUCUGAACUUCACAGUAGCAUCAGAGGAUGAAAACAGAAGCUUGUAAAUAUCUGUAAUAUAUUUAUUAAUAUUUAGGAAAUCUCCAUCAAUCAUGCAGUGGGAAUUGACUUUCCUAUGUUGUUUUAAAAAAGGAAAUGAGUCUUAUUUAUAUGUGUGUUGGCUGUUAUCUUUUAAUAGAGUUGAUGCUUUCAGCCCCCUAAUGCAGUUUGCACUCAAGAGGCAUCCUGGAGUGAAUUACUGCUGAAACGAAUGCAGAACUAGCACAGUGAGCUCCCUUCCAUGAAUUUUUAAAUUAUUUUCAUUUUUUUAGCUUUAUUAGUAUGCCCAAGGUUUGUUUAAAUAUGUCAUAGGAGACCCAAGGAGCUAAAAAUGCCUCUGGCAGCAUCAGUCUCGUUUUGUACGUGAACCUGGUUGUGGGGAAUGCAAAACCAGCUCUGCCUCACGGAGGCGAUGGAGGACGUGAGCAGGCCUUUGCUGCAGCUCUCAGACCUGAUCUUUCAAGUGUUCAUGGUGACAGUAGUGUUUUGGGAGGUUGUUGUGUUUUUUUCUCUUUCCCCAUUACUUCCUUUAUACAUGGAGGAGUGUUACCUGGUGAAAAUAAAAUGCCUUUCCAUUAUAACCUUUGUCUGUGUUAAUUAUUCAUGUAGAAGCUGAUUUUAAAGGUUCUGUCUCUCUCUUUUUCGCGCUUUUAUAAUUUUGUAAAAUCAGUCAUGUUUCUUUUGGCAAAGAAUUGUUAAUGAAAAUGAUUGCAUAACAGCUGAACACUGGCUGGGCUGCAUGAAGGGAUGGAAACAUGUCCAGUACCCUUAGAAUAGCAAUAAAACUGCUUGUGUAACCCCAGUGAUGUGAUUUAGGUCCUAGUCAUCAUUUCCAGCCAAAUCCCUCUGUUACCAAUGUGCUGCUUCUUCCAACACUGGCAGGCUGUACCUGAGGCAGUGUGCUUGUCCUGCAUGUGGUACAGGCUUUGGGAGAUCUCCAUCCCUCCCUCAUCAUUGGGAGAGAAAUGGUGGCAGUCUUUUGGAAAAGUUUUUAAUGGAUUGGUUUGUUUUUAAACCAGAAGUGGAGACAUUUUUAUCACAACUAUUACAUUGUUCUCUCCCAAGCUUCCCUCUUUCCCCAGGCAAGUUCAGCAUCAAUCCCCUGGUUAAUACUGGCUGCAUGCUCUAUAGGUUAAAACUAAUUUAGAAGCUCCAGCUUUAAGCUCCUGAUUGCUACCUUCAUGCUUUACCUCAUCUAGCAGCUCUGUACACCAUUUAGGAAUGUCUUUCUUACAAGCUCAGUCUCAUCUGUGAAACAGUGACAGCACACAGGCAUGAGGGAACGGUGCUGCAACUGGUGCUACAGCAUAUAGAUUAUGUUCAUGUUAUCAGAAAAUUUUAUACUAUCGCCAUGUUCAUAACUUGGAGCUGCUCUGGUUUAUUUCCUCUUUUGUAUGUGUGUACCUUAAGGCCAAUCUGAGAAUGUUUAUGAAUAAUGAUUCCAGCUAUAAAAACCUCUACUGUUGUUUCUGUCUGAUUUUUACUACUGUGUUUCAGCUUUUUUUUUUUUUUUGGGUACCUGAGAUCACUAUUCACAGGAAAUUUCCUGGCAGGAGAACCAUGACAGAGGGGCAUUGGCUCAGCCUGACGUGAUACACAGACACAGAAACCCCUUCCUGGUGAGCGGCCUUUCAUAAGCACUUCUUUCACGGCAGCUCCAUUGAAUCCUGCGCCCCAGUCCUCUCCUGCUGGGAGCUGAGCAGCACCCAUGAAUUCCAGCAGCCCAUGACAGAGGCAGUUUCUGGCCCUCCCUGUGCCCACACUUUGACGUUGAAAAAUCCCAGAGACGCUCACGUUCCUCAGUUGACCCAGCAGAAGCCAUGAGCUUGUCCAUGACCCAUGUCCCUGGGUCCCCAUCUGCAAAAACAGGGACUUCAGAGUGGCUACAACUGUUUAAAGAAUUUUGAGAGCUGCUGCUGAAGAGCUGAGUGUUCAGUGUCAGAGCUGAAAGGGUCCUGCAGUGCUUUCACUACUUGAAAGCAAUUAGCACCCCUUCCAGGUGAAAGGAAUUCCAGAGAGUUGAAACUUCAUAAGCAAAGACUUGUGAAUGAAUUUGACCAUGGUAGAUCUGCACUCAGCAAAUGUCAUGGGGCAUUAUCAGGAGAUGGAGCUAAAUAGGUAUCAAGUAGACACGGCCAAUUUUACACAACAGUAGCUUAGUUUGUUUAUUUGCACUAAACUAGAAUUCAGUAACUUUCCAGUUUCUUCUCUGGUUGGGCUGUUUUGCAGCAGCAGUGCCUGGCUGAACUGAGUGUCAGAUACACAGGUAUUCUGUCCUGAAGUAACAACCGGUUGUUGAGAUGGUUUCUGUAGAAUAUUUCUAGAGGAAGCCCUUUGGAACAGACCCUUUGGAAUAGACCUUACUAUAGCUAAUUAAAAAACACAUUUGUAAGCAGAUAGACUUCCAAGGUGCCAGGCUACUACUGUCAGCUCACAGCUGAAAAAGACCUGUUUCAUUAUUGACAUUCAGUUAAAACAAAAAGUGCAUCCAGUAUGAAAAAAAAAACAUAAUCUUCAUGCCUCCCAUGCUGUAACAUUUCCACAAAGCUUCAGGUCCUCCCUGCAUUUCUCUAACCAGUCACAUCAGUGCUUAACAGUGGGAAUGAGCAAUGCUUUGGCUUUUGCAGGACAGGCUGUAGGCGAGACAUUGCAACGUGGGAUUGUUAAACUGGAUUUCAGAGGCUGCUAAAUCUAGAAUUAAAGGACAUGGGCAUGAGUUGACGCAACUUCUGCAGGAGGCUGGCUUCCACAGUUCAGUGGAAAUGAGCACCAGUUAAGCUGACACAGGUCUCUAGAGAGGCAGCCAAGGCCUAGCUUCAGCUUAGACAUUUAAGAUGAGCAUGUUUCUAUUGAAGGGGCUGGUGGUUACAUUACCUGUGAAUCAGAAAGCAAAACAAAGAUAGUGAGUAGUGUAUUUGAGCUUUAUUCUGUUAAAGCUGGUUCCCCUCCCCAAAGCCCUUCUUUAAUAAAGGAAAACCCAAACAGGAGAUGCACUUUUUGGACAUGAACAAAGCACAAACCCUUCCCCUUUGAACUUCUCCUGCUUCUGUGCUGUCACUGUGCAUGUACUGUCUGUGUGGCUUCAGGUACAUCAGGGGCAUCAGGUCUAACAGAGAAAGGCAACAGAAUUGUCUUCUUGUUUUCAUGUUAUGUGGUACUGAAAUGCAAUUUCAUGUUUAUGCAUUACUAAUAAAAAGUUCUUGGAUA